UGAGACUUGUGUGAGAGCUGCUGAGGCGGCCAUGACGUCACUCUGUCGGCGGCUGGGAGCAGCACGACACGCGGCUAUGCGCUCUGAGCGACACCGCCUCUCUGCUCCCUCUUUGGGCUGACUGGACGGCGACUUUCCCGCUUCCGUGCCUUCCAUCAGUACCCUGAAGGACAAGAUUUAAGAGGACCGAAGAUGAUCAUACUCGGCGUGGCUUCACUCAGCAGGACAUCACUUGCCAUGGACACGUGCAGAUGUUUGCAGUGAAGGAGGAAACUGGAGGUGAGGCGAGGCAAUAACAGGUGGAUCUGAAGGUGUGGAUAAGAGCUGAUCAUCAUGGGUAAAUCCAACAGCAAGCUCAAGCCAGAGGUGGUGGAGGAGCUGACAAGGAAAACCUACUUUACAGAGAAAGAAGUGCAACAGUGGUACAAAGGCUUCAUUAAAGAUUGUCCCAGUGGCCAGCUUGAUUCUGUGGGCUUUCAGAAGAUAUACAAGCAGUUCUUUCCUUUUGGAGAUCCCACAAAGUUUGCCUCUUUCGUGUUCAACGUGUUUGAUGAAAACAAGGACGGACGCAUCGAGUUCUCCGAGUUCAUCCAGGCGUUGUCUGUGACUUCUCGCGGGACACUGGAUGAGAAGCUUAGAUGGGCGUUCAAGCUGUAUGACCUGGAUAAUGACGGCUACAUCACCCGUGAUGAGAUGUUGAACAUAGUAGAUGCCAUUUAUCAGAUGGUGGGAAACACGGUGGAGCUUCCAGAAGAAGAAAACACACCAGAAAAGCGAGUGGACCGCAUUUUUGCAAUGAUGGACAAGAACGCAGACGGAAAGCUGACUCUGCAGGAGUUCCAGGAGGGCUCCAAGGCUGACCCCUCUAUUGUUCAAGCGUUGUCUCUCUAUGAUGGACUGGUGUAGGAAUGGAAGGUGAGCACGCUACCUGCAUACUCCGACAAGUGAGGAAAGUUCCAACCCACAUUGUGCUUUUUUUUCCCACCCCCAGCACAAAGCUAAUACAAAUAAUAAUGUGUGUAGUGGCCAUAUAUAAAGAACACAAAAAAAAACCCCACAUUGAACGGCCCGAAUCCAAAGCGAAGCAGCUGCUUUCUGCUCUCAGUUUGUUCUUAUGAAUUAUUCAAGCGACCCACUUGUUUGCUGGCAAUCAAAUGGUCGAGCGAAGAGGAAGACGAGCCUCUCUCCUCUCUCGCUGCCUCGUGUAAUCCACCAGCCGCUGCCAAUUGUUGCUGACGUUGUCGUUCGGCGUUUUGUCAACUGUGAAGUGAGCUUGUGAAUGCAUAUUUUGAACGCGCCGUCGAGAGCGAUUAACCGCGCACGUUCCGAGGAAAGACAGGUGAUCGUUCGCCAAAACCUCUUUGGGCGGGUCCGGCUCGGCACCCCGAAACACACACAAAAGGGGGGAAGACGAAGGACAAUAUUUGAAGUUUCUAUCAGCUGACAUUUGUCAGGAUUUCUUCCCUAAGGAAUCAUACGUAUCUUCGGAUGGCGCUGCCCCUAAUUUAAUGUGCUUAUGCUGCCACUUUAUAUCGUCUGUGCUUUCCUCAGCGAGAGGAGGACAAAUUCCCUCUGAGAGGUUCUCCAGACUUUCCACACGAAGAACCACGGACUCUAGAAUCGAGUGUAUAGCUGGAGGUUACAAAAGCAGUGUGUUGUUAAAUGUAAAUAUCAUGGUAAUUUAUUCCCUGCUUCGCCGUAUUCAAGAGGUUCCCCCUCUCUUUAAAAAUGGAAUGAAGUUUUAUUUUUAUCAAAGUUGAACGGAAAUGUUUUGCACCGCAUUUUUCACUACUAUUGUGGGAUUGUUUUGUUCUCACGGUGUGAGUUUCCUCUUGAGAUAAUAGUUUUUAUGUGUCUGAAAGUGUCGACGGAGCGGGGAGUUUUCUAUGGGUUAUUUUACGACGUUUGCAGCCUGUCAAGUCCUAUUGUGUUUUCACUUCCCCGAGUUCCCCCGUGAGCACAAGUGUCUGCACUGCGAUGGCCAAGCAAAAGCACCGAAUUCUGAGGUCCUACAUCGGACAAGCAAACACCCCCAUUCUGCUUGUAAACCUUUUGCGAGCAGCUAUUGUCCACUUUGUAUUUGUCCGGCGAAGUGAGGCCAGAGUACGCAAUCAUGCCGUCUACCACUUCUUAUUCAAUGUAUGAGAUUUUAAAGCCUUAUGCAAAUGGUCAUUUACUGAAUGACAAAUGCCAUUUACCUGUCAAUUAUCAGUAUGAGCGCACAGAAUAAAAUGCAUUUA